AUGCCUACCGCUGCACCCUCCGACCCGACGUUGCGCCUGCUCGUCGACUCCUGGACGAGUAAGGCCGGCCGUGGCUCGUUCACCUCCGUCAUCGCGUGCAUCGAAAACGACACCACCGGCGUCACGUUCACUCUUCCGGAUGACUACGCCGAUCUCGCCUCUUCGCGUGCGCGAUGGGAAGGCUGGCUUGAGGUCAUCAACCACCCCACUGGGCAGGGGAUGUUCCCAGCAUCGACGACCGAGCGCCAACGUGCGGCUCUGCGCGGGCUCGCGCGAGCUCUCAUAUUCUUCAGCAUUGAAGAUGCCCACGGCCAACGCCGACAGGACUGGCCCCACUUCGUCAAUCGCGUCCGCGAGAUCGCUGCUAUGGAGGGCCUCACGGGCGAGCGGCAACUCCGAGCUGGUCCUCGACUGGCUUAUUUCUCCAGCUCACAGGCCUCUAAUGCCUGGAGAGCUGAGCAGAGCCCCGCGCCCGAUCUUGGGGCUGCCGCAAGUGAAGACGCGCAUGGAGGCACGGUCGUGGAAUCGGAUCGCGUUCGCACGGUUGUUGAGGCGGACCGCGUUUGCACGAACUCGGCGGCUCUGGACUAUGAUAGCGACUCAAGCCUGCCAUCGCUGAGGACCGUUGGGGGCUCGGACUCGGAGUAG